AGAGGUUUGUUGAAGUGGACCGUAAAAAACAAAACAAAAAAAAAAAACAAAAAAACGCCUCACCAGAAGAAGAAGCACCGCAGGAACAGCAGAGGCUUUACCGGGGAAGGGGGGACUCCUAUUUGAUCGACUUUGAACUCGUAACUCUCCCAGAUUCGGUAAAGAAAGUCCACCAUUUGCUUUCACUGGGGACGUCACAGAGUUGUUGGGUCGCGCGCUGCGGUUUCUGAGAAGUUAGCCGAAACAAAGCGGAGCCCAUUAACACUGAAGCUAGUCUGUGUCUGCGGCUAAAAAACAGCUUUGACUGGGUGGAAAAGGACUGUUUCACGGACAAAUGACACAGUGAGCCCAAGGACAUGACGUCGUGGCAUAAGAUGGAUCUGCGGUUACUGUUUAUAGUAACCUUAUCAGUGGUCCUGGGUGGCGUCAGGGCUCAGAAAGAGGGAAGCAUAUGCAUUAAGGCCAAUGCCCAGUCAUGUGGAGAGUGUAUCCAAGUGGCUGAGUCAUGUGGAUGGUGUUCUGAUGAGAAGUUCCUGAGUUCUGGUGAGUCUAAGUCUGCCCGCUGUGACGACCUCCAGUCCCUGAAGGAUCGACAGUGUCCCGAAGACAAAAUCGAAAACCCCCGAGGCGCCAUCGUAAUCGACAAGGACACGCCGGUCACAAACCGCAAGAAAGACUCCAAGGAGAAACUGAAGCCUGAAGAGAUCACCCAGAUCCAGCCCCAGAAGCUGACCCUGACACUCAGAUCAGGUGAACCUCAGACCUUCUCGCUGAAGUUCAAGCGUGCAGAGGACUACCCCAUCGACCUCUACUACCUGAUGGACCUGUCGUUUUCCAUGAAAGAUGAUUUGGAAAACGUCAAGAACCUGGGCACUGACCUCAUGGCAGAAAUGGAGAAGAUCACCACUGAUUUCAGAAUCGGCUUUGGCUCGUUCGUGGAGAAGACGGUGAUGCCCUACAUCAGCACCACCCCGGCUCGGCUCAUCAACCCCUGCACAGGGAACCAGAACUGCACCAGCCCCUUCAGCUACAAGAACGUCCUGAAGCUCACCGAUAAAGGAGACGAGUUCAACCGGCUGGUCAGUCAGCAGCAGAUCUCAGGAAACCUGGACUCCCCAGAGGGAGGCUUCGACGCCAUCAUGCAGGUGGCAGUGUGUGAGGAGCAGAUUGGCUGGAGGAACGUGACUCGGCUGCUGGUGUUUUCAACAGACGCCGGCUUCCACUUCGCUGGAGACGGUAAACUGGGAGGCAUUGUCCUGCCCAACGAUGGGAAGUGUCACCUGGAGAACAACAUGUACACCAUGAGCCACUACUACGACUACCCCUCCAUCGCACAUUUGGUCCAGAAACUGAGCGACCACAACAUCCAGACCAUCUUCGCCGUCACUGAUGAUUUCCAGCCUGUUUACAAAGAGUUACAGAAUCUUAUCCCUAAGUCUGCCGUUGGAACGCUGUCCUCCAACUCCAGCAAUGUCAUCAAACUCAUUAUAGAUGCCUACAAUUCUCUGUCGUCGGAGGUGAUCCUGGAGAACAGCAGACUUCCAGAGGGUUUGUCCAUCACAUAUAAGUCCAUCUGUAAGAACGGAGUGGAAGGAACCGGAGAGAACGGCAGGAAGUGCUCCAACAUCUCCAUCGGAGACGAGGUGUCCUUUCAGAUUUCUGUGGAAUCCCAGAAGUGUCCGUCUCAUGGUAAAUCUGAAGUCAUCAAAAUCAAACCUCUGGGUUUCACUGAGGAGGUGGAAGUGGUUCUGAAGUUCAUCUGCGACUGUGAGUGUUCUGCAGAGGGGGAACUGAACAGCCAACGGUGCCACGAGGGCAACGGCACCUUCGAGUGUGGAGCCUGCAAGUGUAACGCAGGACGAAUCGGACGACUGUGCGAGUGCAGCAAAGACGAAGUGCGGACGGAGGACUUGGACGCCAACUGUCGUAAAGAUAACGGCACGGACAUCUGCAGCAACAACGGAGACUGUGUGUGCGGAACCUGCGAGUGUAAGAAGAGGGAGAACCCCAAAGAGGUCUACAGCGGAACCUACUGCGAGUGCGACAACUUCAACUGUGACCGCUCCAACAACAAACUGUGUGGAGGUCAUGGAGUGUGUGAGUGUAGGAAGUGCAUCUGCGACGCCAACUACACCGGCAGCGCCUGCGACUGUUCCCUGGACCACUCCACCUGCCUGGCCAAGAACGGACAGAUCUGCAACGGACGAGGAACCUGCGAGUGUGGGAUCUGCAAAUGCACCGACGCCAAGUUCCAGGGACCCACCUGCGAACUGUGUCCAACCUGCCCAGGGGUGUGCGCCGAGCACAAAGACUGUGUCCAGUGUCGUGCGUUCGAUGCCGGGGAGAAGAAGGAGACGUGUGAGCGCGACUGCAGCUACUUCCAGCUGAUCACAGUGAAGGACAGCAGUAAACUGCCCCAGCCCACAGACCAGAUCUUCCCCCUGACCCACUGUAAGGAGAGGGACGCCAACGACUGCUGGUUCUACUUCACAUACGCCAUCAGGAACAGCACCAAGGAGGUCUACGUGGUGGAGAAACUGGAGUGUCCUCCUGGUCCAGACAUCAUCCCCAUCGUGGCUGGUGUCGUUGCUGGGAUCGUCCUCAUCGGUCUGGCGCUGCUGCUCAUCUGGAAACUGCUGAUGAUCAUCCACGACCGCCGCGAGUUCGCCAAGUUUGAGAAGGAGAAGAUGAACGCCAAGUGGGACACGGGUGAGAAUCCCAUCUACAAAAGCGCUGUUACAACCGUGGUCAAUCCAAAGUACGAGGGCAAAUGAUGGAGCUCCACCUUUUAUUGUGACGACACUGUAUGGAAAGUCCAAUCUGGGCCCUGGGGGGGGGGGGGGGGGGGGGGGUUGGGUUCUAGGAGGAGGGGGUUUUAUAACGAUCUCACUGUUUGAUGUUAUCGUAGCCACCAAAUGAUAGCAAUGCAUUUGCCACUAUUUGACCUUGUUUUACUAACUGUGUUUUUUUGUUUUUUUUCUAUGCAUCAUCUGAACUGUGUACAGUCUGUGUAAGAUGUGUUUUUGGGUUUUUUUUUGCCUUUAUGGGACUUGGUCGAAUGUGCCACAGGACUGGCAGAUCGUAGAGAACCUAGCUGUGCCUUUAUUUCAGUACAGACAUAAAGCCAUCAGUGUUUUGUUGAAGGUUUAAUCGGACGUUGAUAAUGAGCGACACAUGAGGAGUUUCAUUCCAAAUACCCACGUAUUUGAUCAGCGGCUGAAAACAAAAGGCAGUCACAGUCUAAAGGAGCACGUGCAGCCGUCGAAUGACCGUUUUCAGUCCUUGUUUUUGGGUUGAAACUCUUCAUACGUAUCUGCUGAGUGAUUCCAUGACUCACAUGUGUUGAGUUCUGUGUAAAGCCAUAUGUAUACAUACUCACAGAACAGGUCUGAAGGCAGAAGUACGUUUUCAUUACUGAUUUACUCCACCUGAACAAUCAAUUAUGUGGAACAGUCCACAUUUGGCGGCGUCUCUAUUAAAGGAGGUGAAGUGUCCAGUGGUGUUCCUGUUCAGCUCCAGGUUCUGCGUUUUAAAGCCAACUCAGGUUCUUCAUUCUUUCACAGCAAUGCCAAAUAUACGUAAACCUGCCUUAUUUGCUAAGUGAAGUUGCUUGUAUUGAAAUGCCUUAUUGUGUUUUUUGUUUUUUUUUAGGUAGGAUAUAAAUUGGGGAAUGUGUUUAGAUUUGUAAUCUACAUGUGAGUAGUUCCACCCAAAUCCUACGACGUGCCUCGAUCAGAAACUUUUUUUUACAGAAAAGAAAUGCAAAUGAUUCUAGUGUCAUUUUUAAAAGUCAAGAAUGUCAGCUUUUUAGUUUUGAGUUUUAUAAAAGAAAAAAGGUUACACCUGUCACCAUUGUUUUAAGUGCCUUUUUUUUUUUUUUUUUAAUUUCUUCAACACAUUCAUAAUUGCAAUUCUGUAUUUCUGAAAUUAUUUAUUGAAUAAACUUUCAAAUUGACUCACCCCAACA